UUACCCACGCCACGCUCAGGAUAUCUUGUACUGAAAGCUUCACAGUGGAAGGCAGGUCAGACGAUCCAACCGUAAAGGCUGCAACAUGCGCCCGCCACUGCGUGCUGUGUUUCAGCCCCUCAGCGUACCUGACACGUCGCCUGACUCAGUUUUAACGCGCGCAAUUCUCUCGUCCCUUCUGUUUCGCACUCCACAUGAGGCUCGCAGUCAAACUGGACAUUGGGGACAGUACGAUGGCUGGCCGAUAACUGAGCCCGUCCCUGCGUAUGGAGCAAUGGACUUCAGUUUUACUUGAAGAGGCAAAUGGAGAAUCCAGCAAAGUAUCUCUCAUCAGUGCAGGGGACUGACUCUGCGCAGGCACCCCUAGGAGAGAUUAUGUGGAACAGCACUGAAACUGAGGCAAAAAGCGACGGGAGAAGGGAUAUGGUAGCACGUACAGUGACAGGCUGUCUGCUGUCUCUGCUUAUCCUAUGGACCCUGUUGGGGAACAUCUUGGUCUGUUCCGCGGUGCUGCGCUUUCGGCACCUGCGGACCAAAGUCACCAACAUUUUCAUCGUGUCCCUGGCUCUGUCGGAUUUAUUCGUGGCCGUCCUAGUGAUGCCCUGGAAAGCUGUGGCAGAAGUAGCUGGCUAUUGGCCUUUUGGCACUUUCUGUAAUGUGUGGGUUGCUUUCGAUAUUAUGUGUUCCACCGCCUCCAUCCUUAACCUCUGCAUUAUCAGCGUGGAUAGAUACUGGGCCAUCUCCAGUCCCUUCCGCUACGAGAGGAAAAUGACCCAGCGAGUUGCCUUUGUUAUGAUUAGCAUCACUUGGACGUUGUCUGUGCUCAUUUCAUUCAUACCGGUCCAGCUUAACUGGCACAAAGCCAGCAGUGACGACAUGGCUGGGGCGCACAACUCUUCCACAAGUAGGCAGGUAGAGGAAAACUGCGACUCCAGUCUGAGCAGAGAGUAUGCGAUAUCCUCCUCGUUGAUAAGUUUUUAUAUCCCCGUGGCAAUUAUGAUUGUAACAUACACCAGAAUAUAUCGUAUUGCACAAAUACAAAUUAGGAGAAUAGCUUCUCUGGAGAGAGCGGCAGAACACGCGCAAAGUUGCAGGACCAACAGAAUAGAGUGCCAACACCACAACACACUGAAAACAUCGAUUAAACGGGAAACCAAAGUGUUCAAAACUCUGUCAGUGAUCAUGGGUGUCUUUGUGUGUUGCUGGCUACCUUUCUUCGUUUUAAACUGCAUGGUCCCGUUCUGCGAUAGGCCGGCGGCAGAUCGGGAUGCGGGUCUACCGUGCGUAAGCGAGACGACUUUUGACGUCUUCGUGUGGUUCGGCUGGACCAACUCCUCCCUGAAUCCCAUCAUUUACGCCUUCAAUGCCGAGUUCAGGAAGGCUUUCGCCAGCCUCUUGGGCUGCCGCUAUUUCUGCUCCAACACACCGGUGGAAACUGUUAACAUUAGCAACGAGCUUGUGUCAUAUAACCAAGAUACCCUCAUCCACAAAGAAAUCGUGAACGCUUAUGUGAAUAUGAUCCCCAAUGUCGUUGAAUGUAUUGAGCAUGAAGAGACUUUCGACAGGAUUUCACAGUUUUCUCACAACCAUGAAAAUGCCACCGACUCGGUUUGUGACCUGGAGGACUGCGAGGCAGACAUCAGCCUUGACAGGAUGUCACCAUUCACACCCAAUGGAUUACACUGACUCCACACCUCCCCGUGUCUCCCCGUGCGGAACUGGAUGUAUUGAUAAUAAUUUAAUUGUUCAUUCAGCUCUUUUGCUUCGGAAGCUCCUCUCCACAGGGCGCCCGCAGUCAGGUCUCUGAGCUACUGUGCUGCAGCCCUAGCUGCUUGUUGGGGGGUGGGGAGUGUCUAGGAACCCUCUAACGGACACUUAAGCAGGGGCAUGUGUCUGCAGGCCAACCUGACAUGAAAUGUGAUGUUGUCUUGUUCUGAAACAAAUUGAUGUGUAGGUGUUUAUUUAAAUGACAAGUGAAGUCUGUGUUCAUUUGUUCAAGGUUCAGUGUUGCUAAAGCUGUUGUUUACUCAAAGGCUUUAAUGGCAUCAUUGUCUAAUGUUCAUCCACACCGAGGGAAAGUGUUUGUAAAAACUCAUAGAGAACUCAUAAAGAAAACUCUUUGCUGCUUAUUAACUUCAUGUGUAUUCAGUGCUCGCCUUUCCACUGAGUAUGAAAACUGGGGGAAAGCCUUACAGACAGUGAAACCAAGACAGUCAAAUGCAGUCAUUUCAGCGCCUUAUUGCUUAUUCAAAUAACAGCUUUGAGACAUAAAAGGAAUGUGUCCUGUAGAGUUCAAGUUACAUGAUGCCAAAAUGCAGUAUUAAAGCGUUUUGCCACUGCACCCACCCCGGUGACUUUUGCAGCACACCUAGAUGGUGAAAAUCACACAAUCUAAUGCUAUAAAUACAAAAAGGGAAUCUCUCUGUGUGACUAUGAAUCACCAGAGUAAUUUCAACAAUUAAAACUGUUAAUCUUUUUUGUGAUCCUUUAUUUCUUGUUGAGGCCAAAACUACUGUAAUGCAUCUGCUUUGUGAGCCCGACUCCACAAUGACUGGAAUAACUAAACCUAGAAAGAGUGACCAAAGACUUCAAGGAGUGCAUCAGCAAACUCAACAAGGGUACAGUGUCAUGUCAACUAGAGGAAAUGUUGCUAUAGAAGCCUACGUACACGUGAGGCCACUGGGCCAACACAACUGGAUGUCAUACAUAACUUCUCCCACAUUUCUCUCUUAUCUUUGUACUGUACAGAUGACCUGAUCUGAAUGUAUACUACUGUCCUUUAAACAGUGAAGUGUGUCAUUAUUUGUCUAAUAAAAUGCUGUCAUGCUGA